AGGGGAUGUGUCAGGAAGGAUGUGCUGUGUCCCGGGGGCAGACCUGGCCUACCUGAGCCAGGCCCCAGGGACCUGCGACCCCAAAUCCACCCCUGCCUUUCCCUGCUGGGGAGGGGGAGCCCACCUGUCCUACCCUGAGCUGCUUCUCCUCUGAUGGCUCCAUGCUCUCCCAGGAGCUGAGAGCCCCCCGUGUGGCCCUGCAGUGCUUCAGGACGAGGGCUCUGGUUGUUGCAGCAUGGUCCAGGCCUGCUUGGUGUGCUCCAGAGUUCACAGGGGCAGCCUGGCAGCCCGGGCAGCUGCAGAGGACAUGGACAAGACAGACAAGCCCAGUCCCCCUGCCAAGAAGCACGUGCGACUCCAGGAGAGGAGGGGCUCCAAUGUGUCACUAGUGCUGGAUAUGAGCUCUCUAGGGAACGUGGAGCCCAUCCAGCCUGUCUGCACACCACGGGACAUCACACUGAAGUUUCUGAGGACAUCCAGCCACGUGCUGAGGAAACAGGAGCUCCAGCAGCACGCCCAGAGCCUGGCACAGCUCCAGGAGGAGUUUUUGAAAAUCCCACCCAACUUUGUGAGUCCAGAGGAGCUGGAAAUCCCUGGGCGUGCUUUCAAGGACAGAUACAAAACCAUUCUCCCCAAUCCUGAGAGUCGGGUCUGCCUCAGGAGGGCUGGGAGCCAGGAGGAAGACAGCUACAUAAAUGCCAACUACAUCACAGGCUACGCGGGGCGGCCCCGGGAGUACAUCGCCACACAGGGCCCCCUGCUGAACACCGUGAGCGACUUCUGGCAGAUGGUGUGGCAGGAGGAGGCUCCCAUCAUCGUCAUGAUCACCGAGCUCCAGGAGUGCAAGGAGAAAUGUGUUCACUACUGGCCCGAGAAGGAGGGCACCUAUGGCCCCUUCACCAUCCUCGUACAGGGGGUGAGCAAGUCUGUGGAGUACGUGGUGCGGGAUCUCUCCAUCCAGCUUGGGAAGGAAUGCCGCAAGGUCAAGCACAUCCUCUUCCCCUCCUGGCCGGACCAGCAGACACCUGAGUCAGCCAAGCCCCUGCUGCACCUGGUGGCCAAGGUGGAGGAGGCUCUGCAGACUGCAGCCAGCCCAGGGCCCAUCGUGGUGCACUGCAGCGCGGGCAUCGGCCGCACCGGCUGCUUCAUUGCCACCAGGAUCGGGUGCCAGCAGCUGCAGGACACGGGGGAGGUGGAUAUCCUGGGCAUCGUGUGCCAUCUGCGCAUAGACAGGGGUGGGAUGAUCCAGACAAGCGAGCAGUACCAGUUCCUCCAUCACACGCUGGCUCUCUACGCUUCCCAGCUGCCAGAGGAGGCAGCCCACUAGUGCAGGGCUCCCACCAGGCCUGUGGCUCCCUGCUCUGACCUCUCCUGCACCAUCUUGGGGACACCUUCACCAAAACCCCUCCUGAUGCUGCCAGGCCACAGAGCAGCAGCAUGAGUAUCCCUUGGGAUGAGCACAGCCCAGCCAACCCCAACUGUGGCUUUGGACCCUGGGGAUGAGCAAGGUGAGGUGGUGCACUGCCUGCUCGAGGUGGCAACUGCUGCUGGCUCCAGGUAGAUUUCACCCAUAGAAAACAGCUUUGGCUUUUGAGAGGUGCAAGAUCCUGACCAAGAAGAGCAAGCUGUGUGGAGGAACUGCAGCUGGCAGAUGCUGGGAGCAUGGUUUGCCUUUCAGCUGCACACAAAUGUCCACCCUGUCAGACACAGCGCUGGUGGAGCAACCCUGAAAUAAACAGAGCCUCUGUCCUG